AUAUACACUUUCUAUACCUCUACACGCGUAUCAAACUUCUUAAUAAACUACCUAUCAAGAAACUCGCGAUUUAAUUUUAUAGCUCGUCUAUCGGAAGUUAUUUUCUAUGGGUGCCUGCAACGAUCAAAGUGUUUAACUGAUAUCUACACAGCAUUUGAAAGUUAUUUAUAUAAUUAAUUCACCCUAGCUUCUCAAUCAUUAAGCUAAUUUAAAGCUCAUUCAAAAUGCUCAACUUUGUCUCAAUAAAGAACUUCACAAUCUACGCAGUCACAACACUCGCUCUAACAAAAACAGUUUAUAGCUCUGGCUGGGCACAAUUUUGUGAUGAUGAUAACUGUAGUGUUAAUUGUGGAAUUGCCGUAUCAGGCAACAACCCUGGAUGUUUAGAGGAGCCAGGACGUAAAUCAGUAUUGUUACACGGAACAGAUAACCCAUUCUGGUCCACUGUAUCUUUGGUUAUCACGCCACACGACAGCUGCAGCUGUCAGUCACAGUGCAUGAAUAAUAUAGUGAGUGGCGGUCAGUACGAUGGGGCUGGAUGCGUAAAACUUCCCAAAGACGCCAAUGGUGCAUCAUAUCGUUUCAUUACCAGUAGCUGCGAUCCAAAUAAUUGCAAGGCUUAAUCGUUGGAUUACGCGCGAUUGUGCAUCAUGUCUCUGAUAUUGUCUUACAGUUUGCGAUCAACGAUUUCCCUCAAAGUUGGAUUUCACUAGAUAUGAGUUUUUUUGUACGGUUGUAAAAAUAAAAAGAUAGAUUA